AGAAUUUUUUCCAUUAUUUAAAUAAACAAAAAGUGGAAAAAACUGCAACUUUCAUGAUUUAUAGAGAGAAACGUCAUUGUCACACUCGUCAAUGCUCCCACCUUUCCACUCUCACCUUGGCGUAAACUACGUGUUCUGCACCGGUUCGAUAACGCUUUCGGCCACGUUUCCAUCCGCACGACCUCCUCAGUUCACCCAGAAUGCGCGAUGACGUCCCCCACGUUCCUCUUACUCCUAGUGCUCUGCACCCCAAGUCGCAGCUAUUUCGCCCCCCCGAAAGACUCCUGUUUCUGUCAAUUGAGCGGUAACAUCGACGAGUGUUCGUGUAACAUCAACACCGUCGACCAUUUCAACAACAUCAAAGUCUAUCCGCGAUUGCGUAGCCUCCUCCGCAAGGACUAUUUCCGGUUUUUUAAAGUGAAUUUGAAACGAGAGUGUCCGUUUUGGCACGAUGACAGCAAGUGUGCCAUGAAGUAUUGCCACGUGCUACCGUGUGGAGAGGGGGAAGUACCGCAAGGGAUCAAAGGGGAAGGUGGGCGCGGUGCCGAGGCGAAAUGCGAGGAGGACAAACAAUUAGACUAUUUAAACAAAACCAUAAGUGAGAAAAUGAGAGGGGAUUUGGUCAUGUGGACUGCGUAUGACUACGCUCAGGAUGAGUUUUGUGUUAAAGAUGAUAAAGAUGAAGAUGCGGAAUAUGUCGAUUUGUUACUAAACCCGGAGAGGUUUACAGGUUAUAAAGGGCCUUCGGCUAACAGAAUUUGGAAUUCGAUUUAUUUGGAAAAUUGUUUUCGCCCUAAAACCUUCUAUAGCCUCUAUAUUCCCAGUCAUAUGCUUAGUAAUAUGUGUUUGGAAGAAAGGGUUUAUUAUAGGGCCAUUUCUGGGCUCCAUUCCAGCAUCAACAUCCACCUCUGUGCUAACUAUUUACUAUCAAAUUCGCACGGUUUGUCUCUCACUAACCCAAAAGGCGAGUGGGGCCCAAAUUUGAAAGAAUUCAAAAGACGUUUUUCCCCGGAAACCACCAACGGCGAGGGCCCCAAUUGGUUGCGAAACUUGUAUUUCGUCUAUUUGCUUGAAUUGAGAGCUUUGGCCAAAGCAGCGAAGUAUUUGGAACAAGAAAAAUACUACACAGGCAACGAAAUGGAGGAUUUCGACACGCAAAUGGCCGUCAAGGAUCUCCUCAAUGUUGCCAAACCCUUCACCGGACAUUUCGACGAGUCGACUAUGUUUACCGGAAGUGAGCAGGCCAAACGUCUCAAAAACGAAUUUAAAGAGCACUUCCGGAACGUGACACGAAUUAUGGAUUGUGUCGGUUGUGAUAAGUGUAAAUUAUGGGGGAAAUUGCAAACUCGGGGUUUAGGAACGGCGUUAAAGAUUCUAUUUUCGCAAAAUUUUAACCAAAAGAAGUUGUUUAGGUUACAGAGGGAGGAAAUAGUGGCGUUAUUUAACGCUUUCGGACGCUUGUCGACGAGUAUUUACAAAUUGGACGAUUUUAGACAAAUGUUACAUGAACACGAAGAGUUGUAGAAAAAAAUCAGUAUUUUUGAUAAUAUAACUGUGAUGAUGUAAUUAUAAAGACUUAAUUUUAAGUAGUCGUUAGAAAAAAUAUAGUGUGUGUCCCCACAUCACAAUAUCUAAGUCGUUUUUUGUUUGUACUUCAAUAUAUUUUUUGAACUAUUUAUUUCCAAUAAAAAAUCGGAGA